AUGGCCCCCAGCCAUGGGCUUGCAAAUGAAAUCGCUGCUGCUGUGACAUCUGCUUUUGAUCACAUCAAUUCUACUGCUGGAAAGCCUCGGGUUCGUGAUAACGGCGUCAGGGAAUGGACUGUUCUUGCUGGUCUAGUAUCAGUAGAUGAGAAGGAGAACAUUGAAGUCAUCUGCUUGGCCACGGGCGUGAAGGCGCUACCUGACCAGGUCAGAAAAUACUCCAAUGGGUGGGUGGUACACGAUAUGCAUGCGGAGAUUCUUUGUUUGAGGAUGUUCAACUACUUGGUUUUGAAGGAUGUGGUGAGAGACAGAGAAGGAGAGGAUUCAGUGUUCUUGGAAAGGGAAAAUUCAAGGUUAAAGCUCAAGUCAAAAAUUAAGAUGGCUUUGUUCAUAUCAGAGCCUCCAUGUGGCGAUGCCUCCAUGAGUUACGUUGCUCAGGGCCGUGAAGCUUGGGAAGAGCGAGCUGAGGAGCCAGCGGCAAAGAAACAGAAAAAUGAAAGCUCAAUCACGAUAAACCGAGGAAGAGCUGGUUUUGAUAAGCUUGGAGUUGUGAGAACGAAGCCGGGAAGAGCUGACAGCAACGUCACUUUGUCAAAGUCGUGCUCAGACAAGCUAUGUUUACGGCAAGAGGUAGGUAUCCUCAAUCUGAUCAACAGCUUUCUUGUGGAUCCAGUAUAUCUAGACUACCUUGUAUUGCCCAAGGAGAAGUUCCGAGAGGACGAUUUUGAGAGGUGCUUCGAACGAAUUGAGAUAGAAAAAGGCAAGAAACUUGUGCCCUUGGUCUAUGACAAAGACUCAUACAAAUUCCAUAAGUCCCCAGGCUCCGUGCCUUCUCCAGUAAGCCUUGUGAGCUCUCCAGCUUCCAGCAUUGUACAAGUGUUAUCCAAUGGCGCCAAAUAUGGUGGAUUUGUCAAGAACAAACCACCUAAGCCCUCCGGCUCAAGUAUCCUUUGCAACCAAAAUAUGGCACGAAUUAUCAAGCAACUCCCAGAAUUCCAACAAUUCAACUCCUACCUUGAUAUUAAGCAAGCUCUGGAAAGACAUCAUCUUAAGGCCAGCCUCGAGGCUGCUCUAGGCGACUGGAUCCCAACUACACCUGACAACUUCCUUCUCUAA